AUGCUGACUAAAGAAGAUUUGAUAUUAGUGACUGGCGCCUCGGGCUAUGUGGCUCUACAUUGUGUUCAACAACUUCUGCAAGCUGGAUACAAAGUCAGAGGGACUGUAAGGUCGUUGAAGAAUGAGCAGAAAGUUGCACCGAUCAAGGCGUUGAAUGGGGCUUCCGAAUCCCUGGAAUUGGUGGAAGCUGAUCUUAUGAAUGCAGAGGAUUGGCCAGAGUAAGUAUAUUUUAUCUAAGGGAGGGGGAGAUUUUUUGUCCGACAGGCGUACUAAAGCAGCCUGCUUUAGAUGAUGAACUUUCCGAGCUUCCGCUAGGUUUCUGGUGGCUUUGCCAAAUUUUCGUUGCGGCUGUGACGAGCGUGCGCUGCGUCUUUGCCCAGCCUCCGUCGGUGUGCAUUGACAAAUUAGGUUCGUUCCGAAUUGUGUGGGUUGAUUCGCAUUGAUAUGGCCAAAAGCCGUUUUUCUGUUUCUCCCGAUUCUCAUUACAUUCUGUAUGUUCCUUGUUUUUAGAGCCAUUGAAGGGUGUAGCCACAUUCUUCAUGUAGCCAGUCCCUGGCCGAUUGUUGCUGAUGAAUCAACCAUUCAAACAGCAGUUACCGGAACACUGAACGUACUCAAAGCAGCCUCGAAGAACCGCAAAAUCAAGAAAGUUGUCCUGACUAGCAGUUGCGCCGCUGUCAACGGUAAGUGGAGUUUGACUUGGAGAGUUUCGUUUCAGACGGUCACAGAAACGACGAGCGAGUGUUUGAUGAAGAAUCUUGGACAGACAUCUCAUCCAAAAAGGUGGACAAUUACGCCAAAUCAAAGACGAUCGCCGAGCAAAAGGCUUGGGAAUUCUGGAGGAGUUUGGAUGAGAAGUCCCGGUUCGAGAUGACCGUUUUGAACCCCACUUUUAUCACCGGUCCUGUCUUAUCGUCUGUGCAACAUGGCAGUGCCACAAUUCUCGCGAGGAUGAUGGAUUUCCGAACUUUCUUAGCGGCUCCGCGAGCUUGUCUUGGCGUCGUGGAUGUCAGAGAUGUGGCUCGAGCUCAUAUCAUUGCUUUAAAAGAACCUAAAACCAAUGGGCAGAGGAUUCUGAUUACUCAUUCCCGACCAACUUGGUUCUUCGAGAUAAGAGACUGGUUGAUGGAGGAAUUCAAGGAUCAGGGAUACACGUUUUCUCCCUUAACUGUACCGAAUUGGAUGGUUAGAGCUUACGCCAAGACCAAGCUGGAUAAGCAAAGCACUGCGAUUGUCCAUAGAUUGGGUCCGGAGCUUAGAUUCAGCAACGAGAAGGUAAGAAAAGUGGAUUUAUGUUGUCAUAGACAUCUUUGUUGUCAUCGUUUUCUUUUAACCAUCCAAAACGAUGCUUUUUAGUCGAUCAAAUUGCUGAACAUGACCUAUAUUGACCCGAAGAAGUCUGUUAUCGAUAUGAUGGUGUCGAUGAUCGAAAAGAAAAUGGUCAGAGCCCCCUCUUCCAAGAGAAAUUCCAGUCAGAGAUCUCACAAGAUUCAAGUUUCCAAAUCAGAUAUUGUAAAUCCAAAUGCGACAGUUCAAUCGGUGCAAUAG